UCCUCCCCAAGGCGGGAAACGGGUUAUUUGGGGGAAAAGCUGCAUCAAAAAAAAAAAAAAAAAAUCCGUCUCUCCUUUAAAACCCUACAUAAACAGAAAAAAAAAAAAAUAAAGAAGAAAGGGAAAGAGCUCAGAGAAAGAGAGGGAAAAACUCAGAGAGAGAGAGAGAGAGAGAGAGAGAGAGGGCUCUGGUCUGCUCUCCUCAUCCAUCAUCCAUGGAGGUUCCUCUGCAGAAAUUCAUGCACGACGAAGAAGAAGAAACCGACACCGGUACUCCGAUACGUUACCUUCCCCUCCAUCGCGUCUACUCCGCCACUUCUCCCUGCGUCAGCGCCAGUGGAUCCUCCAACGUCAUGUCCAAGAAGGUGAAAGCUAGAAAACUCAUCGAAACCUUGGACGAUCCCCCCGAUGAUCACCCCACCAAGCCGCUGCAGAUGCCACCUUCUCUCAUUCGAGUCUACACCCGCCGAGCUAAAAGGCCUCGGCAUUCCGCCAACAAGCCCUCGUUUUUUGCUGCCUUGGUGAGGCGCGUGGAAUCUGAAUCGAGAAACCCUAGCAAAUUAGAGCAGAACAAGAAUGUGGGUGAUGAUAGGUUAGAGGAUAGUACCAAUGACGACGAUGCUCGAGAUUUUGAUUCGGGAAGGGAUGAGGAAGGUGAAUGUGGUGCUGGGCUUGAGUCGGUUAAGGUUAAUAGAAUUCUUAAAAAGAAAAAGAAGAUGCGUAAUUAUGAGUUGAUGAAAUUGGGUGUCGAUAUGAGUGUUUAUGGCAGUCUUGAUGGCCCUUGGUUGAGAGAAGGUCGUGGUCACGAUGAAAACAGCUCUGCUGGUACAAGGAAACGCAAAUUUUUAGAGAAUGGCCGAAAAGCUGACUUCCAGAAGGUUUCCUCUGCUUCGGUUCAGACAAAGAGAUGGAUUGAGUUGAGUCUUGAAGAUGCUGAUCCAAGCACAUUUGUUGGCUUAUCUUGCAAGGUUUACUGGCCGUUGGAUGAUGAUUGGUAUUCUGGCCGCAUUGCUGGGUACAGUUCAGAGACUAAGCAGCAUCUUGUUAAAUAUGAAGACGGUGAUCAAGAGAAUUUGAUUCUUUCAGGAGAGAAGAUAAAAUUUUAUGUUUCCCGUGAGGAAAUGCAACAAAUGAAUUUGAGGUACAACACUAAAAAUACAGAUAUCAAUGGCCUGGAUUAUGGUGAGAUGGUUGUACUAGCUGCUAGUUUUGAUGACUGCCAAGAGCUUGAACCUGGGGAUAUCAUAUGGGCAAAACUUACAGGUCAUGCAAUGUGGCCAGCAGUUGUCGUGAAUGAAUCACAUCUCGGUGGACGUAAAGGUUUGAAGCCAUUUCCUGGAGAGAGAUCUGUUCCUGUGCAAUUUUUUGGAACCCAUGAUUUUGCAAGGAUUAGUAUAAAACAGGUCAUUUCAUUUCUUAGAGGCCUUCUUUCUUCUUACCAUCUCAAGUGCAAGCAAACACGCUUCCGUCGAAGCUUAGAAGAGGCAAAAAUGUACCUCAGUGAACAAAAGCUUCCAAAAAGAAUGUUAAGGCUGCAAAAUGGCAGUGGUGCUGAUGAUUGUGAGAAUGCAAGUGGUGAAGAUGAAGGAAGUAAUGACUCUGACAAUGAUAAUGUGGGAGAUGGAGAGAGACAGCAAAUACUGGAAGGCAUCAAAACUUGUCCACUUGAAUUAGGGGAUCUCCGUGUAAUAAGCCUAGGGAAGAUUGUCAGGGACUCAGAUUUUUUCCAGAAUGAGAAGUACAUCUGGCCUCAAGGAUAUACUGCUGAGAGAAAGUUUGCUUCAACAACAGAUCCAAGUAUAAAAUCCUUUUAUAAAAUGGAGGUGCUGAGAGAUCCAGAAUCAAGGUUUCGGCCACUAUUUAGAGUAACAACAGAUAGUGGAGAACAGUUCAAAGGAUCAAAUCCAUCUAUUUGCUGGAACAAAAUUUAUAAAAGGAUAAGGAAGAUGCAGAACAAAUUGUCUAAUGGCUUUAAUGUUGAAAGCAAAGUUGAGGAGAUCGAUAAAUCGGGUUCUUAUAUGUUUGGUUUUUCAAAUUCGAAAGUUUUCAAACUUAUACGGGAGUUAUCAAAUUCUAGAGUGUCAGCAAAAUAUUCUGGAUGCAAGUUGGCCUCGGAGAGUUAUGGGGAUCUUCCAGUUGGUUACAGACCUGUUCGUGUUGAUUGGAAAGAUCUUGAUAAAUGCAGUGUCUGCCACAUGGAUGAGGAAUAUGAGAAUAACUUGUUCCUGCAGUGUGAUAAAUGCCGAAUGAUGGUCCAUGCUAGAUGCUAUGGUGAAUUAGAACCUGUUGAUGGUGUACUAUGGUUAUGCAACUUAUGUCGGCCAGGGGCACCCAAAUGUCCUCCACCAUGUUGCCUUUGUCCUGUCAUAGGUGGUGCUAUGAAGCCUACAACUGAUGGACGCUGGGCACAUCUGGCAUGUGCUAUGUGGAUACCUGAGACUUGCUUAUCGGAUAUUAAGAGAAUGGAACCCAUUGAUGGGCUGAACAGAAUCAAUAAGGACCGCUGGAAGCUUUUAUGUAGCAUUUGUGGUGUUUCUUAUGGUGCUUGCAUUCAGUGUUCAAACAGUACUUGUCGUGUAGCAUAUCAUCCUCUUUGUGCACGUGCUGCUGGUCUUUGUGUUGAGCUUGAGGAUGAGGACAGACUCCAUCUAAUGUCUAUGGAUGAAGAUGAUGAUGAUCAGUGCAUUCGUCUGCUUUCCUUCUGCAAAAGGCACAGACAGCCAUCCAAUGAACGCUCACCUGGAGAUGAGCAAAUAGGGCCAAUUGCCCGAUGCUGUUCAGACUACAUUCCUCCAUCUAAUCCAUCUGGUUGUGCUCGUAGUGAACCUUACGAUUUUUUUGGGAGGAGGGGACGGAAAGAGCCUGAAGUCCUUGCUGCUGCAUCCUUGAAGCGGUUAUAUGUAGAGAAUAGGCCAUACUUGAUUAGUGGCUAUUGCCAAAAUGGUUCUUUGGGAAAUGUGCCCUCUUCCAGUGAACCUGUGGUCUCAAGAUUAUCUUCUAGUUUUCAAAAGUUGAAAACUUCUGAACUUGAGACUGCAAAGAAUAUACUUUCUAUGGCCGAGAAGUACAAACACAUGAAGGAAACUUUCAAAAAGAGACUAGCAUUUGGGAAAUCUGGAAUCCAUGGGUUUGGGAUUUUUGCGAAGCAGCCACAUAGAGCAGGGGACAUGGUGGUUGAAUAUACAGGCGAGCUUGUUAGGCCCCCUAUUGCAGACAGAAGGGAACAUUUAUUUUACAAUUCAUUAGUGGGUGCUGGGACAUACAUGUUCCGGAUAGAUGAUGAGCGUGUCAUUGAUGCUACUAGAGCUGGGAGCAUAGCUCAUUUAAUCAACCAUUCAUGUGAGCCAAACUGUUACUCAAGAGUAAUAAGUGUCCAUGGUGAUGAGCAUAUAAUAAUAUUUGCAAAAAGGGAUAUUAAUCGAUGGGAGGAACUGACAUAUGAUUACAGAUUCUUUUCGAUUGAUGAACAACUGGCCUGCUAUUGUGGCUUCCCAAGAUGUCGUGGCAUAGUCAAUGACACUGAAGCAGAGGAGCAAAUGGCAAAGCUAUGUGUACCUCGUAAUGAAUUGAUCGAUUGGUCGGGAGAAUAAAAUUAGCUGAGAAUAUACCUGCAUUUACACCAUCAAAUGUACCAUAAAAUUACAACCUUAUUUUUUUUCUUUUCACUUGGACAACAUUGAUUUCCUCCACUUGCAUUGAUCUGGGAGCAGUCCAAAAAAAUCUUGUAUGGGUUGUCUCCUUUACUCCUCACCCUUAAUUUAACAAAUGGGAUUGUAUAACCUUUAUGUGCAUCACAAUGAGGAAAGCAAGUAUGCCUAUACGAGAAGAGAACUAGCGGAAGUUGAAUUAAUGUAUACUGUACAGUUUUUGACAAUUACCUAAAAUCCGAUACCUGUAUUUAUUUUGAUACUUCUGAGGCCAAUUGGCAUCUGUAGAAUGAUUUUCCUAAUUAUAUAUUUCAGACUUCAGUGUGAGUUGUAUCACACUUUCAUUUGUUCUA